UCUAUUAUAAACAUCAAACCUCCGAUUAUGCUAAACAACUUCAGCUCCUUCCUUUGAGUACUAUUGUUAAGUAACAGUCGUUUUAGAAACAUUUAUGAUUAUUCAUCAUUUUCACCAUAUUCUAGUUUUAACAAUCUGAAUUCUUUUUUCUUUUUUAGUUGUUGUUCUCAUGGAGGCGUGCAAAGAUCAUAGGCGAGGAAAUGACAACAAUAACGAGGCUGUUGGGAUAGCUAUGUUGAGAAGGAGAAGCCUUGAUAUGGAGAAACAAGAGAGAAAUAAUGGAGUUAUCCGCAAGACAAAAUCAUUGAAUAAUCAAAUCUUAAUUAACGUAGAUGAACUUGCCAGGAAUGUCUCAAGAAGAUUUAACCAUAUUGGUUUCCUAUCUAAUCAUACGAACUUUGCUUUCGCCUUUCAAGAAGUAUCCGGUUCUUCCUCAGUGAAUGGUCCUGCAACUGGCUCACCAGGACAAGCAAGUGAGCAGGACAAAAGUCCACAUUCAAGCAGUUGGGAAAACGAGCGUGUUGCUAUACCAAGCUUACCAAUAUGUCUAAGGUUUCAAGAUGUGAAAUUUAAGGUAACAAUGAAUGGGAUGAAGAACACAGAAGGUGAAAAAUAUAUACUGCAUGGGGUAACUGGUUCAGCCGUUCCAGGAGAACUUCUUGCCAUGAUAGGUCCUUCAGGGGGCGGUAAAACGACUUUACUAAAUCUUCUUAGCGGAAGGGUUAAGUUUAACAGCGGUACCAUCACCUAUAACAACCAACCUUACUCGAAGUCGCUAAAGCGCAAGAUUGGCUUUGUGAUGCAAGACGAUGUUGCCUUUCCUCACCUUACUGUCAAGGAGACGUUAACUUAUGCUGCUUUGCUUCGUCUUCCAAACAAACUUUCGAAAGAGCAGAAAAGAGAUAGAGCCAUGAAAGUCAUAACUGACCUUGGCUUAGAAAGGUGUCAAAAUUCUAUGGUAGGUGGUGCACUUCUGAAGGGGAUAUCAGGAGGCGAAAGAAGAAGGGUUUGCAUUGGAAAUGAGAUUUUGCUUAACCCUCCUCUCUUACUCUUAGAUGAACCUACAUCGAGUCUUGAUUCAGCAAGUGCAUUGAGGAUAGUCCAAAUACUUCAAAACUUGGCGAAGGCAGGAAAAACAGUGGUGACAACAAUUCACCAGCCAUCAAGUAGACUAUUUUGCAAAUUUGACAAGCUUAUACUUCUAGGGAAAGGGAGUUCUUUAUACUUUGGUAAAGCAUCCGAAGCAAUGAAGUAUUUUUCAACCAUGGGUUGUUCGCCACUUAUAUCUAUGAAUCCCGCUGAAUUUCUACUUGAUCUUGCAAAUGGGAACAUGAAUGACAAAUCUUUUCCUUCAAAUUUGGAAGACAAAUUCUCAACCACAAAUAAUUCAAGGCAAAAACCAUCACCACUUGAAAUCCAUGAGUAUUUUGUGGAGGCCUAUGAAUCAAGUUCAUGUACGACGAGAAAAGCAAAACUAGCAAAGCCCACCGUUAAACAAAGUACGGUAAAACUGGGAGACAGGAAAUGGAGUUCAAAGGACUUGGAAGCAAGAUGGUGGGAUCAAUUUUCUGUUCUACUAAGCAGGGGAAUUAAAGAAAGAAGACAUGAAUAUCUCAGUUGCAUUCGUGUAAUCCAAGUCAUAUCAACUGCUAUAAUCAUAGGAUUGCUUUGGUGGCAUCCGAAUCACUCAUAUCCCAUUGAUCCACAAGAUCAGGCAGGGUUGAUGUUCUUCAUCGCUGUAUUUUGGGGGUUUUUCCCUUUAUCCACCGCAGUUUUCACCUUCCCACAGGAGAGAUUCAUGUUAAUGAAGGAGCGAUCUGCUGGGAUGUACAAACUCAGUGCGUAUUUUGCUGCUCGGAACAUCACUGAUUUACCUUUAGACCUCAUUUUGCCCAUCUUUUUUAUGCUCAUAGUGCAUUGCAUGGUGGGCAUGCAACCAAGUUUUACUGCAUUUUUCGUCACUUUACUUGCAGUUUUCUUGAGCAUUGUGGCUGCCCAGGGAUUAGGCUUAAGUAUUGGUGCAGCAUUCAUGGAUAUAAGGAAAGCAAUGACAUUAGCUUCAAUAAUCAUUAUGUGUUUCAUGCUCUCGGGUGGAUUUUUCAUCCAAGAUGUUCCACUUUUCAUGUCUUGGGUGCGUUAUGUAUCCUUCAACUAUCACACAUACCGGCUUUUGCUCAGGAUUCAAUAUGGUUGUUCAACUGGGAGUUUAAAUUCUAGUAGCUGUGAAGCUCCAAUAAUAAAAGGAUUAAAAGUAGAUUACUCUGGGAGAGUUGAAGUUGGCGCCUUGAUUUUCAUGAUUAUGGGAUAUAGAUUGCUAGCGUACUUUUUCCUAAGGAGGAUGAAAUAUAAGGCAACAUGAAAUAUCUCACCCCUUUAUUGAAAACAUGGCUUUCUUGAGUUUAUGGAAAAGUAAUGUUGUGCAUGGAUCAAACUCUAGUUCAGUUUUAAUUUGUUACUAUUAUUGAUUAUUUAAUGAUUAAUUAGUAAUUACUCUGUCUCUUGUAUUAAUGUAAACCAUGAUAAUUUUAAUUUGGUGGUGCUUAAUAGUUAGGUUUCUACAGAAUGUGAUCUAUUGUAUGGAUUUAGGGGUGUGCACGGGACUAGAAUCGGUGGACCGAAAUCUGGAAAUUUUUCCGAUCGGGUUCGAUUUUGGACCAUUUUUUCGGAAUUUGAUUUUUUUUAAUUGUUUUUUGUUUACUUAGAUUUAAACUUAUUUUUUUAAAAAAAGAGAGAUUCUAGAGAGAGGGGCUGUCCCUUCUCUCUAAAAACCCUAAUCCCCAAAUUUCAGAAAUUUCUCUAAGCCGCCGCUCUCUUCUUCCUCUUUCCCCUUAGGUCUAGCUACUUCCAUUAUCUUCCAUGGCUAUCUAGUCCUUUGCUGGUCAUUUCUUCUUGUCCUCAGUCGGACUACUUCUUCUAGUAUCUCCAUUUCUCCUUUAUC